AGCUGUGCAGGUGAAGAAGCCUCUGAACGCCUUCAUGCUCUACAUGAAGGAGAUGAGACACACAGUUCUGCAGGAGGGCAAAGAGAGAGAAAGCGCCGCCAUCAACCGCAUCCUGGGACGCCGGUGGCACGCUCUGUCUCACUCUGAACAGUCCAAAUAUUACGACCUGGCCCAGAAGGAGAGGCUGCUCCACAUGCAGCUUUACCCUGGAUGGUCGGCCAGAGAUAACUACGGUAAAAGGAAGAGGAAGCGGAGCCAGCAGACGACAGAAAGGUCUCCCAGCUGGACUCUGAGCGCCGCGUGAAGAGACGACAUGUGACACACAACUCCACCGCCACCGCUUUGUGAUCUCUGGCCAGUCAAGCUAAAAAUACAUGACACUACUUCCUGUCUCUG